AAGGCACUCAAGGCCCGCCGUCAGCGUACCAGCCGCAGCAGCGUCAUCUCUGGGUACUCUGCCCACCUCGGUGUCUUCGACCUCGACGACCUUCAAGAGGAGGUCCCCCGCGAGGAACGCUACGGCCCAGACGAGCAAUCCCAAGCGGACGCCUACAGCGAGUUAGACUAUCUCGGGGACCUUGACAUCGAGGACCUUUCCGACGAGCGCCCGUAUACACAGACUCACUACAGCCAGCCGUCCUACGACGAAGACGAGACCCUCCUCUUCGACGAAGCGGAAGAGUACCGGGACCGAGCCGAAGACGAAGACGACGCGCUAGAGUAUUACCUAGGCCGAUCGGACCCGGACGGAUAUCACGGAACGACCGGAGCAUCGACGUCCGUCUCAGCCAGUCACAUAUAUUCCUACUACUCCACAGAAUCCGACCACCUACGCCGCUCCUCCUAUACCUCCUACAUGUCCGACGACGACAAGGACUAUGAGAGCGGGACGCGCUCUGCCGGCGCUGUCGAGCGCUGGCGGGUGCACCUCAUGCAGGACGUCGACGGAGACCAGUCGACGUUCCCUCUCGUCGCGUACUGUUUUAUGACGGGUCUCAUCAACUCGGUUAUCUUCUCAGCCAUCUACGUGUGGGGUGCCUUCCAGACGGGCAACACUGUUCAGCUCUCCCUCGCGCUCGCCCGCCUCUUCAACGGCACGCACAACUACGAAUUCCAGCUCCCCGAUCGCUUCGCAUUAUGCUCGGUCCUCACCUUUCUCGCAGGCGCCUUCGUCGGGCGCAUCGGCGACAAGAUGGGCGCCAAGACGCGCGCCUGGAUGGCCCUCGGCACGUUCAUCCAGACGCUCUUCACCAUGGCUGCCGCCCUCGCGAUCUGGAAGAGCGGCCAGCCGAGCAUCGCGAAUGCCCGGAGCGAGAUCGCGUGGAGCAACGCGCUGUCGUUUGUCUGUGUGGGGUUUAUGAGCGCUAGUAUGGGGUUGCAGGGGAUUAUGGGGAAGAGGGUGAAUACGCAGUUUACGACGACUGUCGUCCUCACCACAACCUGGUGCGAGCUCAUGGCCGAGCCCUCCCUGUUCAAGCUCCGUAAACUUGUCAAGUCGCGCGACCACAAGGCCAUCGCGAUCUUCGCGUGCUUCCUCGGCGGCUUCGUCGGCCGCGCCAUCCUCGAUUCUGUCGGCUCCGCGGGUACGCUCGGCGUCGGUACCGGUCUCCGUUUCCUCGUCACUCUCAGCUGGAUAUUCGUGCCCGCGAAGAAGGGCGGUGCUAAGAAGUAGAAGUUGUCGGCAGGGAUUCUUUGCAUGCGAUUGGCUUAAUAGAUGUGAGGGGGAGGAGGUAUGGGUCAACGCGAGGUUGUAGACGUGGAGAACGAGAUUUCUGUUGCAUCACACCGUACUUUCAUGGAUAUCGACACAUCAUCAUCAUCAUAGACAGUAGACAGCUUUUGGGUCUUACACUUGUUGCUCCGCAGAACCGUUUUAGUCUUUAC